GGGUCAGGCUUGGCUCCUUAUAUCUUCAUGUGAUCCCGAAGGGAGGUGUUGGAACUCGGUGGGGAGGAGGUGGGAAAAAUAGUUCGUCAAGAUCCAUCCCAGCAGCAGUCAGGAGCUGACCUUCUCCACCACGGAGUUGCCGGCUCGUUGGGAUCUAUAUUUUUUUGCGCGGCUCCCUCCGUCCGGACAGUGACGCGCUGCAGAUCCGAUUAUGGGAGACGCUCAGUCUGCGCCACGGGAGGCCAAAAGCGAUGCAGCAGCAGCGGGGGAGGAAGAGGAGGAGGAGGAGGAGAGGAGCGGGGAAGUGAAGGAUGUGGAAACCGGACAGGACAUCGACGACAAGGUUCUCAGAAACAACGGACAGAUCUCUGAUAUCAGCAGAAAAGCAGAGAGCUCCACAGUAGAGCUGAAUGGUCACUGUGAGGAUGAGAUUGGCAUUGAAGCUGCCAUUUGUCCAGACAUAAAAGUUUCAGAGCCACCAAAAGAAGAAGAGACACCCUUAGAAAACGAAGACAUUAACUUGAAGAAAGUGACUGGAGAAACUGAAGACGAACAGGUUGGACAAGAUGAUCUGAUCGAAAUGGAUGCCAAGCAGAAUGACAUCAAUGAAAGUUUCAGGAAGUUUUUCAGCAACAUUGGUCUGAAGCUGACAGUGAAGAGAGGCUCCACCGACAGAGGUGCAGUGCCAAUAGAUGUGACGGAGGAGGAACCGAGCAAACCAGAAGAUGUUAAUGUUGAACCACCUGUGAAUGAAAUAAUUGAGGAGGCUCAAGAAAGCACAGACCUCAACACGGCAGAGGAGGCUGUGGAAAACGAUUCAACAGUGUGCCAGACGCCGACAGAUGUUACACCUGAUGAUUUUCAGGAGAAAGAAGACGAGAAAACAGCAGGAACCAAAGAGGACAACACAUCCCAUGAUGCGGGAACGUCUUCACCUCUCAGCGAGGACGUUACAUCGCAGGAGGACCCACGUCCAGCAUCUCCAGCUGGGCUUGACGAAAAUGCAAGUCCAUUUAAAAAGUUUUUUACAACUGGAAUCUUUUCCGGCCUUCGAAAGAAAAAGAAGCUUGAAGAUGAUGAAGUAGGACAGAAAGAAGACGAAAAGGCAACCCAGGCGGCAUGUGAUCACCACCAUGAGGAAGACUUUGCUUCAGCUGAGAAAGAGCUUCAUGAAGAGAAAACUGAAGAGGAAAAGCCAAUCACCAAGUCAGCUACAGCACCAUCUAUUGUCGUAAAUGAAAUCACCAACUCUCAGGAAAUUGUUCAAGAAAGUCCCCUGAAAAGGCUUUUGUCAGGUUCUAGUUUCAAGAAACGAGGCAAAAAGCAAAAGGGCAGAAAAUCGAAUGACGCAGAGCUGUCUGACUCUGGAGAACAUGUUUCAGAUCAGCUUCUGUCAUCAGCAGAGUCUGCAGACAACAAGAAAGAGGAAACUCCUGCAGAGGCGGUAAGUGGGGAAGACGGGGCUUGGUUUUCAUUCAAAAAGCUCGUAACUCCCCAAAGGAGGAAGAAGUCAUUUGUGGACCAUGAAGAGGGGCCAAUUCCAGGUUCAAAAGAUGGACUGAAAUCAGCUGAGGCAGAGCAAAUAUCAGAUCACAGCACAGAGGAAGGGAAAAGGAGGAAAGAUUCGUCUGUGUCAUGGGAAGCUGUGUUGUGUGGAUCUGGAAGAAGAAGAAGCCGGAAAACAUCAGACUCUGAGGAUGACGUGCCUCAAAAUAGUGAAGGUAGCAAGCAAAAUGGUGGAUCUAAAGAACCGCCGAUUGGAACGUCUAAUGAGCUGCAGGAGAUUCUGGUGUCAUCCCCAAAACAGACAGGAAGUCCUCCAAAGGAUGACGAAAGCUCAACAUGGAGGUCGUUUAAAAAACUUGUCACUCCCAAAAAGAAAUCGAAGGAGGAAGAGGAAAGCACCUAUGAAGCUGGCCAAGAUGAUUCAGCCUUUUCCAUAAAGAAACUCCUGUCAGGAAGAAAAACAAGAAAGUCUGUUGAUGUUUCUCCUGAGGAGGUCGAUAAAGAGGUGGCAAGUAUCGAUGAUGAGGACUCUGAGACACCCGCUGUGGUUCCACUGUCUGAAUUUGAUUUACCUGAAACAGAACCAGUGGCAGAAAAAGAAAGUAAUAUAGCAAAAGAUGGAGAAGGUGAACCUCAAAUGGAAACCAUUGAGAUCAAAGAGGAAGUCCAGUUACAAGACAUUGUGCCUGCUGAGCCAAAAGACAUCCCAAGCCACGAAGGAGCUUUAGAAAAAGAGGCUUCAUCAGCCGCAACUACAGAUGAAGAGCCAGACGAGCUCACAGACUCAAGCAAUCAUCAACAGCUCAGUGAUAUCCCAGAGGAGGGGAUCAUUACAGAGACCACCCCAGCCUCAGUGGCGGAGGAGGAGGCAGCAAAAGACGAAACAAUAGCGGAGGACCUGCUGGAGAUCACAUCUGAAGCAAUAACCGCUCCGGAGCCAGCAGACGUUACCUUGGCAGAUGAAACAGAGAUGGUGUCGGCAGUUUCCCAGUUAUCAGACUCUUCAAAAACGUCUGGCAACACAACACCUGUCCCAGCAGAGUACACCGUCAUGAACACAGAGUCCCUCCUGCAGCAGGUUUCUGAGACUAUCGCCACAAGCCCGAAGGCAGUUCCAGUGUGUUUGGAGGAACAGAGUCAUGAAAGAGUGGUUUGUUCAGUGUCACAUCAAAUACUUGAAGCGUCUGUAUUAAACCAGCCCAAAAUGCUGGAAAUACACAGAGAAUCAGAAGCAACAAGCAUAAAGACAGGCCUAAAUGCUGAAGGAAUUGAUGUGGUGAAUGAAGUCGCAGUAACAAUCCAAGCUGAGAGCACCUCUCACCUUAGUGAGGCCAUUUCUACAGAAAUGGUUUCAGAAGUUCCUAAAGAGGAGCUUGACACCGCUGAGCCAGCUACAGAUGAUGUCUGUGAGGUCAAUGUUUCAGAAUUACAAAAAGAGAUGAAAGAUUUGGAAAUUACACCAGAGAGGCAGCAUGUAGUUGAAGGUGCAGGGGAUGUAGAUGAAGCAGUUUCAAUAGAGAGUUUACCUAAAAGAGAAGAAGUUGCAGCGACUGAAGAACUUAUUACUGGUCAAGCUAGAAGAAAAACAGACUCCAAAGAAGAAUUAGCGGUAACAUCAGUAGAAGACACAGAGGAAGCAGGUGGGAAGGAGAAAAACCAAACUAUGACAGAAGAGGACACUGAAACCAAAAAGCAAGCUCGAAAUGAGGUUAAACCUCCGGAUGCAGUGGAUGAGCUGGAAGAACAGGCAAGAGCAGAAACAUCUGAGGUGGCCAAAGUAGAGUGUUAUAUUCACUCACCUGAAGAAAGGUCCCCAGAGUCCAUUCAACUAACUGGAACACCCUCACAGGAUCUUAGUGAAGAAACCAAAGACAACAAAGAACCUCCAGUAGUGAAAGCUAAAACUGAGCAAAGUGCAGAAGUGACAGAAGUUGUAAAAGCUGCUGCAACAAAGUUGGUAGAGGAUCUGGUUCAGACACUCAAUACAGAAGUAUCAGUUUCAGAAAAUAUUUUCACAGCUGAAAUAGACACCGACGAGUCAAAACCAGAAGAGUCUCUCCCUGAAGUGACAGAGGAGACAGAAAAGAAAGAGCCCCAAAAUGAUCAGUCUGAAGUUAUAGUAGAAUUAGAAAGUGUUCAAGUACCAACGUUAGAGUCAGAGGACGAUACAGCCCAAUCCCUUAUUAUGGAAGCACCAGUGGCAGAUGAUGCAGCAACUGAAAGAGAUGCAGAAGAAUCUCUGAUUGAUGUAACUGAGGAGGUGGAGAGGAACGAGCCAGAAACAGCAGCUGUGCAAAUUGACAGCGCCAAAGUUACAGAAGUAUUAGAAAGUGCACAAGCUCCAACAAAUGAAUCAGAGGAAGAUGCUUUCCAGUCCCUUCAUAAAGAAGUGUCAUCAUUGCCAGAUUCUUCACCAGCUGAAAAACAUACAGAGGCAUCUAGACAGCUGGAGCCUCUUGCUGAAAUCAGAGAUGGGCAAAAAGAUAAAGAACCACAAAUAGAUGGAGCCCAAAUCCAUCAGUCAGAAGAUACAGAAGGAUUUGAAAGUGCUCAAGCCCCAAAGUUGGAGUCACAAAAGGAUGCAGUAGUGUCCCUUAAUGAAGUGUCAUUGCCAGACCUUUCGCCAGCUGAAAAAGAAGAACCCAAACAAGAAGAGUCUCUCACUAAAGUCACUGAUGAGCAAGAAGACAAAGAGGUCAAAACGAAUGUAACUCAAACUGACAAUGCUGAACUCAAAGAAGAAUUGAAAUCUGUAGAAACACCAACAGUGACAUCGGACGAGGAUCUAAUUCAGUCCCUUAAUAAAGAGGCUGAAGCAGACAUACAGGAUGAAAAACAAGAGGAAAGUGAUAAACCAGAAGACAAAGAGCCACAAACAGAUGCAACUCAAAUCAAAGAAGAAUUGAUAAGUCCAGAAGCACCAAUAUUGACUUCAGAAGAAGAUGAAGGUCAGUCCAUUAAUCAGUCAGCGCUGUUUACAGAAAACAUUUCAUCUACUGUAACAAAUGCAGAACCUGAACUGGUAAAGUCUCUCUCUGAAGAAGAUGAAGAACAAGCUGACAAAGAGAGACAAAAAACAAUUCCUACACUGGAGUCUUCUGACGUUACACAAGUUUCUGAUGUUAAAGAAGUCACAGAUGUUGUACAAGAAGCCCCAGACGAUGAUCAAGAAGACAUACUGGCGUCAGAAGAAAGCAGAGUGGAGGUUCUAGGAAAAGAUGCAACGCCUACUGAUACCAUACCAAAAGCAGAAACAGUUGAAGAAAAACCAAAAGAGGAACCUGAAAGUUUGAUUCAAGGAAUCAUUCAAGUGGAGGAUGCUCAUGAAACAGAGAACGUUCAGGAACCAGAAGCUGCUGCAGUUCCGCCAGAUGCAGUAGCAAUUAGCUCUGGAGCAUCUGAUGUGGAAGUGAUACAUGACACUUCAACAUUGGAAACGGUCACAAAAGAACUAAUUAUUACAGAGUCAAAGGAACCUCAGUCUGUGGAACUAGAAGAUUCACCUCCUAGUCCACAAGAUAUUGCCUCAGAUUUAGAGACAUGCAAAUCAACAACUCCACCAAGUGAUGAGGAAAGUAAGACUCAGGAACCUGAAACACAAACAUUACUUCAAGAUGUUCCACAGCCAGAAGACAUUGCGCCAGAAAAGCCAGAGGGGAAAGAUGUAUUGCAGCUGGAUCAGGAAACUGAUACUAAACCAUGUGAUGCUAAGGUUGAGCAUGAAGAAAAUGUUCUUGAGAAUGUGGAGGGGAUACCAGCAUUGACAGCAGUUCAUGUAUCCUCAGUUAAUGAGGAGGAGGCAAGGACUGUCGAGGUCCUAGAAAGAACAACAUAUCCUAAGGAAACCCAACCAGUUUGUGUAGACCUGGUUGAAGUUUCAGAAGAACCCAAAAGUGAAGUGAAUCUCUGUGAGCAGCAGGAGACAGUAGAGGGGGAUAAAAUAGACCUACUUUCAGCUGCCGAGAUAAAGGUGGCUGCAACCGAUCACACCUUCAUAUCACAUGAAGUUAUGAGUAAUUUAAAAUAUGUUUCAAGUGAGAAACUUAAUGUGGAUCAAGAAGUUUUGAUGAGCAAAACAGCCUGUGAGAUAGAAAUAAAUGAUACAGUAGAGACUGCAACCCCGUUAGUGCUCGAUGACAUUAAUCAGGCAGCAGAGCCGAGCAUUGCUGUUGUGACAAUGCGUGUGCCGCCUGUGGAGAUCGAGGUGAAUCACAAAGUCCAGGUGCACCUAAUGGAUGUGGACAUCAGAUCAGCCCAGAAUGCCGUUGACACAGUGAUCCAAGUAGGCAUUACAGAAUAUAAGGAAGUCAUUGAUGUGUGCCAUGAGAGCAUUCAGAAAGUAGACAAUAUCUUAGCCACUGCAGGAGUUGAAGCAGAAACUACUAUUGAAGAAAUCCAGGUGACAGUUCAAGAAGUUAUGCAGCAUGUGACGAGUAACUUACUGGAAAUGCCGUCCGAGAUGGCCACUCAACAUGUAGAACAAGUCAUGGAAGAGUCAGUAAGUAUGAUAGAAGUAUGUGAGGCAGACCAAAAGGAAUCAGUUGAGACGGUGAUCAAUGACAGCACUGAGAUGGCCAUCAAAAGACAAGAGGAGGAGGCCAUUGUCAUCACUGAGAACUCUGGAAUCCCGGCUGAGCAAGAAGGCCUUGGAGGAUCCAAGGCACCUUCAAUUAUUCCACAAAGCCCAGAAAUCUCUGUUGAGGAUCACAAAGCGGAUUUGGAGGAAGCAAAACCUGAUGAGCCAGAAGUAUGCACCGCAGCAAGAGAUGCAAGAACAGAGGAAUUAGCUGGAAAGGGCCCCAAUGAAACCACCAUGGAACCUCUGACAAGUACGCAAAGACAGCUUGCUACACCUGGCAAUGCUGGAUUAGCAGUCUCCCAAAACACUGGAGUAAUCACAUCUGUAGGCAACCUUGAGUCCCCUUCUAGCCUAUCUUUAGAGUUCAAACUGAACAUACAGUUUGCUCAAGUCAAAGCCUCAACAUGGCCCUCUGCUGCACCUAUAGAGAGAAUUGAACCUGUGAAGCAGGUGGAUGUUUCUGAAGCUGGAGUUCAGGCAGAGGAGUCAGCAGAGUCUGUACGUCAAAGAGAUGAAGGCAAGAAACAGACAGAGCUAAAUGAGGUUGCAGUGCAGGCAACCAGUAUUACAGAACCAGAAGCGGACUCACAUUUAAUCCAAAGGGCUGUGAUUGCAAGUCAGCCAGUGCUACAGGAUGUGGGUAUCCAAGCAGUGGAAACAAUAGAACCAUUGGAACAAAUACGAUCCACUGAAAGAGCCAUCGCAGAGGUUCAGACAGUGGAGGUUUGCCAACCAGCAAGACAAGAGAAGAGAGCAGUGCUUCUGAGAAAGCCUCUGCUUUCCGAGGCGAAAAAAGGCUGGGCUUUCAAACAAUCAGAGGAUGAAAACGAUCAAGACGUUUGGCUGGACGCGGAGGAGGACAUCUAUCCACAGCAGGACAUGCAAACAUCCACAGAAAAGGUGGAUGAGAGAGUCAAGCUGCAGAGUGAAAGUGAAGAAAAAGAUGAAGCAGAGCCUGAGCUGGAGUUUGAGAUGGCAUGCAGCCUGGAGGCCGGGGACACAGAAAGUCAACGAGACGCGCUGAGAAAAGAAACGAGUGAAAUAGAAAGUGAAGGGGAGGAUUUCACUGUUGCACUCGAGGACCUGGGAACCAGCGUCUCCGUGAUGGAAUGAAGCCAACACAUCCCGACUCUGGGGUUAACGACAGGUUGGACAAUCAUAACUAAGGACGAACGAUCCGAAAAGCCAUUGCAGUGUUUCCCGUGACAUCAAGUUAAUCCAGUAAUAUUCCCAUAUUUAGUGGUGGAACCAUUCUUGACUUUGAACAUAACAUUAAGGUGUGGAGGUGUGGUUAGAGAAGUUUGGACAGGGAAGCUGUUGACCUUUUCAGGGUGAUUGCAGUGAUUUCAGGUGUGAACGCAUCAACCUCUCACUGAAACAUGGUUGUUCCAAAGUGUGCGACUUAGACUACUAAUCAUGUCCAAUUCUUCCACUUUUAACAUUAUAUAUAUUUUUUUUUUUUGAAAAGUAAAAGUGAUUUUAACAGUAUCUGAGAGAAUUCGAAAGCAGUAUUUACGUUUGUACUCCGACACUGCACACACCUUUUUUAUAUACUAAUGUAUGUAGAUAUUUCGCAGCCUGUCCUAUUUAUGACCACGUAUGUUUCAUCACUCAGUCUUUUAGUUGUUUCACCUGCAGAGCCUUGUGAAAGGGUUCAUACUCCUUGAACACUUUCACAUCUUCUUAAGUAACAACCACAAACUCAAAUGCAUUUUGUAAGGAAAAUUACAAGCACUUUUUUUUCUACAAAUAAUCUUAAAAGUGUGGAAGUAAUUUGUAUUCAUCUCCUCUGAAACAAUACUUUGUACACUGAGCUUUUCCUGCAAUCACAGCUGCAAGUGUUUUGGCGUCUACCAGCUUUGCACAUCUAGAAACCAAAUUUAUUUGCUCCUUUACAAAAAAGCUCAAACUCUGACAGAUUAGUUAGACAGUAUCCAUUUCAAGCGCGUCACAUCUGAUUUAAGUCCAGAUUUCUACCUGAUUAUCCUAACACAACAAAAAAUUAUUUGAUCUAAACCAUUCUGUUGCAGCUUUGGUUUCAUUUUUAGAGUCAAAACCUCCUUAUAGUAGCUCGCACAAGUGCCAUAUCUACCCUUUCAAUUUUCAGAUGACGAAUUAAACAAAGCUCUGAUUUGUUCAGAUUGUGAAAUGUUUUUAAAAAAAUAACCCAGAAGGUACUAAAUUUUAUUUAACGCUAGCUGAGUAAAGGGGCUGGAUAUAAAAGCACACCACACUUUUGAGAUGUGUUUGUAAACAAAGUAGAAAACCAUGAUGUUCGUUCCACCUUACAGUUACGCGCUAUUUUACACAGUCAUAAUAAUACAGCGCUGUGUGCGGCUGUAAUGUGACAAAAACGAGGAGGUUUGUGUGGGAAUGAACACGUUUGAAUGUGAGUCCUUUACGAUUUUACGAAAUCUAUUACAGACCUAAACAUAUUUCAGUUACUAUAUUUUAUCUUGUAAAUAACGUCUGUUUUAAAGCUCAUACAGGCUCUACUGUGCAUAUUUGCAGUCAAAAAGAGAUACCACUCAGUCAGUUUCAAGGAGACAGGGAGCAUGCCACAUCACCGUAGAAAGGUCUGACAUUGAAUGUACCCAAAUAUUGAUCUUUGAGCCUUAUUAAGAUUAUUAUUAAUAAUAAUAAUAAUAAUAUACUUCUUGUUCCAUCUUUCUGCCCAAAUGUUUAUGAAUCAACAACUAAAAGGAUUAUCUGGAUACAACCAGCUAUGUUUUCAAGCUGAAGGAAAAAAAACAACAACAAAAGAAAACACACACAAUGUUGUUUUCUUCAUUCUUCCUUUCAUUCCAUGUAUUCUCAUUCUUGUCAAAAGUUGCAAGAUGUAAAACACAACCCUGAGAUGCCUUUAUUCGUGUAUCAGCAAGAUUUUAUUAUUAAAACAGUGUUUUAUUUGAAUAAAAUAAUACCUGCACAUA